GAGGCUGAGGAGUGGAGGUUGCUACUAAGCCUGGAGGACGCAGUGGCUGAAACUGAGGGCUUCGGGGGUGCCGGGGAAGGGGGGGGGGAUGGAUUGUUUUGUUGUGGUUGUUUUUUUUAAACAGUUCACAUCUGUUGACAGAUUAGGUGGCUGUGUGGAAAUCCUUCCUCAAGGUAAAUUUUUCUUUCCUUGCUUGCUCCCAUUUUUUCCCAAGACGAAGCCCAAUCACUCAGAAAUGAAUCAUUCCUCCCCCCUCUCUAAUCUGUUUGCAGAAUUGUCAGAUGGGCCGCGGAGUAGCUGACGCGCGUGUGUGUGUGUGUGUGUGUGUGUGAAAGACAGACAGAGGGACAGAGGGUUAUUUUCCCUUUCGCCAUAACCUUGGAAAGGAAGAAUAGCGAAAACUGGAGCUGCCGAUCGGUCGUGAUCUCAUAUCCCAAGCAAAGCUUUCAUUUAAACACGAGAAGGCGAGAGAGAGAGAAAGAGAGAGGUUACUUUGGGGAAGAACCGCCUGCUUCCCCAGCAGAAAGCUAAGCAGCGACCUGGUAAACUGUACUUGGCUUCCCCAGACCCGUUGACAAGCUAAACAAGGGAUCUGUAGAGUCUUUAUUUUUUGCAACAGGGGAAGCAAAUGCCAGCUCAGCGCCUGUGGCAUGGGAAUAAAUUAAAUACACAACUGAAUGGCUUUUUUUUUUUUUUUUUUUUAAAAAACCCCUAAAGUAUUAGGUAUCAAUGAGGCAUUUGUCUUUUCAGGGCUACAGAUAAGGCGUGGGGGGAGAAAGGGGAUAGAGUCUCCCGAAGAAGAAGAAAAAAAAAGCCAUGACAAAGACAGUGAAAUCUGAUGGGGGCGAAGGAAGGAAUUUUAGACAGAAGCAAUGAAGGAAUAAACAGAGCUCCGUUCAUUUAUUUCUCCCAGCAGAGAGAGAGAGAGAGAGAGAGAGAGAGAGAGAGAGAGAGAGAGAGAGUCGCUUCUUUAUAGCCAACGUGUAUCUUUUACUCCCCACUCCACACACACACACACACACACACACACACACACACACACACACACACACAAUUACAGGUUGCUUAUCGACUGCACAAUUACACACACACACACACACACACCCCUUACAGCCCGGAUCUUGGAGGGUUCCUAUCCCAUAAAUUAUUUAUCAUAUUUUAUAAAUCCAGCAGUCCUACUAUUUUUUUCCACAUUACCAGGAGCCAGUGGGGAAGCUGGCUGCUGAUUGGGGCGGACAAAAUCACGUGCCCCGGAGUCACAUGGUCAGGGAGGAAAAAGGGGGUUCUUUUUGGUGUAAAUCUGGACUCUAAUUCCGUAAUAUAUCACGGUACCUCGUAAAACCGACACUAAAACGUCCCGGCCUACAAAUCACCCGGCCAAAUUAUGAGUUCAUUGUAUUAUGCGAAUGCUUUAUUUUCUAAAUAUCAAGCCGCAAGUUCAGUUUUCCCAUCCGGAGUCUUUCCGGAGCAAACUUCUUGCGCGUUUGCCUCCAACACCCAACGCACCGGGUAUGGGUCCGCUUCCAGCACCUCUUUUGCCGCUUCCAUGCCGGGUUUAUACGCCAAUGGGAGCAGCAUGCACCCCCAAACCUCCAGCAUGUACUCCACCGGCUACGGCCUAGACAGCAGCUCCUUCAACAUGCACUGUUCUCCGUUCGAGCAAAACCUCUCUAUGAUGUGCCCGGGAGAUGCCUCUAAGCAGGGGUGUAGCAAAACGGAUCAGAGGGAUUCCGAUUUGCAAAGCGAGAGCAACUUCCGGAUCUAUCCCUGGAUGCGAAGCACAGGGACAGACAGAAAGCGGGGACGCCAAACCUACACCAGGUACCAAACCUUGGAGCUGGAGAAAGAAUUCCACUAUAACCGCUAUCUGACGAGGCGAAGGCGCAUCGAGAUAGCCCAUGCCUUGUGCCUGACAGAGAGGCAGAUCAAAAUCUGGUUUCAGAACAGACGCAUGAAGUGGAAAAAAGAAAAUAAAACUGCCUGUCCCGGUUCAAAUAGCCAGGAAAAACCAGACGCUGAAGAUGAGGAGGAAGACUGAAAGCGGAACGGGACUUGAGUCCAGAAAACUAAUCCAGGAAACGAGAAACCUAAACCUAAAGGACUAUAUCUAUAAAAAAAUAAAUGAAAUCAAAAUAAAAACAAACCUAGGAAAGAUGCAUUCUGUUUCCUGACACUGAAAAAAAUACUACCUAUAUUACAGUCUCUUUUUUGUACAAUAGAAUGGAUAAUGAUAUCUACCUAUUAAAUGUGGCUUCAGAGUCAAAAUAGAUACAUUUUUCUAUGUGGGUCUUCAUAUAGUACAAAGUAUUUGUAAAGCUCCCUGUUUGUAUUUCCUUGUGUACUUUUUUUGGGUAUGAAGUAAUGUGUGGUCUUGCUAGCACCUUUAAUUAGAAAAUGGUAUGGGAAAGUCUGAAGGGAAAUUAAACUUAUGAGUAUAUAUAGGACUCUGUACAUAAUAGGAAUUAUGACCGCUUGUUUGUUGUAACGUCUGUGUUUCUUUUCUGGUUGCGAUGCUGUUUUGCCUGUGUAUAUUUUUACCUGGAUCACUUCCUUGUUCAAGUCAUUAGAGAGAGAAACAAUAAUUAAUACUGUACUAAGUAAAGCCGUGUCUAUCCAGGUCGCAGAUUAUUUAAUUGCGGCGCGUUUCUUUUUCCUGGUUUGUGAUUUCAACAUAAUAAUAAUAAAGAAGCCCCGCCAAUAGUUCGCCUCA